AGAGAGAGAGAGAGAGGAAUGGAAAGUUCAGUUGGGGUUGGGCUCAUGGCGGUUUGUGCCGUUUCAGGAAGUGUAGUCCUCCUUGCUCUUCAAGUUCAUAAACGCAUCCUCUCUGACUUCAUGAAGAAGAUUGAAUUUGAAUUGGGGUCUGAGAAGGUUCAACCCAAGAAGAAGGUUAGGUUUGCCGAAGACGGGGUGGAGCUGUCGCCGGAGAACAAAGAUUCCCGCAAGAAGUAUGUGCCGGAGCAUGGCCGGUCGAGCCGAGUUGCUGAUGAAAAGUUGGAUAACACCAUGCCUCUUAAUUGGCAAGUUAUGUACAAAGGGAUUUUGCAAUAUAGGGCACUUAAAGGGCACUGUUAGCGUCCCUUAAAUGUUUGUUUCCAACAUCUUUGUUCGGGUAGUGGUGGUGGAAGGUGAAAAUCUAGGAACGUUAAUACAGUGUUUGGAUAGUUUCUAGGUUCCAUGAAUACAUGCAAGUUCUUGUAUAGCACCUUGUAAUUGGAAGAAGUUGCAAAACCAGCAAAUUCCCAGAUUGUAAUAAAUAAACUUUAUUUGUUUGUGUUUAAUGAAUUGAGAAUUGAG